AUACUACUGGUAAAUACGCGACUAGGGACUCUUGCUAGUGUUGUAGAUAGUCAAUGAUAUCGGGGUAUGCGCAGUGAAGUUUGAUUUUCAUUCAUAGGAAGAUUUUUCCGCAACAUUAAACAGUGUAGUGUAGGGUUUAUGAAUGAGCUAAUAUUAAUACGUACAUCUACUAUAUAAACGUAGAGUUUAAAAGUUGUAUACAGACACUGGGAAUAUUGACUAAUGUGCAAAUAGACAAACUGCAGGCCGUGGUUUAAAUACAGCUGAUAUUUUAUGUGAUAUGAAAUAUUCGGUGAAAGUUUUAACGGGAAUAUUGACUUUAAUAUCAGCAGUAAAUUGAAACAAAAAUGUGCUUUUAGGAAAAAUUAUAUUAUGUAAAAUAGUUUUGUGGAUUUAUUUUAUUGUGAUUUUAUUAACACACGUUUGUUUGUAGUUAUUGGAAUAAUAAUAUUUAAAAAUGAAGAGGUUAUCAUUUUUAAGGAUUUUUAUCAUUAUUUGUUGUUCAUCGUUUAUAGAAACUGCAAGGGAUAUAAACAGAGACGAAUUCCUGCAAACGCUACAAGAAUAUGAUAUAGUGGUGCCAGCUCGUGUAACAGAAAUAGGACAUCAUUUAACAUAUGAAAUAAACCCAAGACAUUCACUGCGCAGGCGCAGUGUUGAUUCCAAUGUGCAAUCGGAUGACAAUAUCCAUUAUAAUAUAAAAAUUAACAAUGAAAACCAUAUUCUUAGAUUAAGACAUAAUAAGAAUUUAAUAGCCCCUAGUUUGGUAAUAGAAAGAAUGAGAAAUCGUUUUAAAAAUGUGACAGAUUCUACCUUUAAAUUCUUGGAAGAUAGCAAGAAGAAUUGUCAUUUUCAUGGAGAUAUUUCAAAUCAACCAGGAACAAAAGCAGCUGUAGGACUUUGCAAUGGAAUGCAAGGAUUCAUACAUACGAAACAUGGCGAAUAUUUCAUAGAACCUUUAGACAGAAGUCCUUCUACACCAGAAGGUCAUCAUCGUCACGUGAUCUACAAAAGGACUGCAUUACCCGCUCAUCUGGACCCUGUACAGUUAGCGGCAAACAUACAUCGGCGUGAAAGUUCCGAGGAUGAUUCAUGUGGAGUUAAAGAGUUUGCCAAUGCAAAUAAACAAAGGGAGAGAUGGGAACAACAUCACAGGAGGAAAAAGUCGACAAAGCAUCAUCGAAGCAAGAGGUCAUUUUCCACAGAAAGAUAUGUGGAAACGCUUGUUGUCGUGGACCAUAGCAUGAUCAAAUACCAUAACAACGAGGACCUCGACAACUAUGUUCUGACAGUCAUGAAUAUGGUUGCUACAAUGUUCCAUGAUGCAACAGUUGGGAACUCUAUCAGUAUAGUUCUUGUCAGAAUUCUGCUGAUGGAAGAAGAUCAGAAAGACCUGAAUAUAACGCAUCAUGCCGACAAAACCUUACAAAGUUUUUGCAAGUUCCAGAAGAAAAUAAACUUUAAAGAUGAUGAUCAUCCAAAUCAUCAUGAUGUCGCAAUUCUUCUUACAAGGAAAAAUAUUUGUUCCCGUCUGAAUGAACCCUGUGGAACCCUUGGAUUGGCGCAGGUAUCUGGAAUGUGCCAGCCACAUAGAAGUUGCAGUAUAAGUGAGGACACCGGACUGGCUUUGGCAUAUACAGUCACACAUGAACUUGGCCAUAAUUUUGGCAUGCUCCAUGAUGGGGCGAGCAAUGGUUGCGAGGACCCACCUGGCAAACAACUGUUUAUUAUGAGUCCAAGUCUUGUUGCUGACAGCAUCACAAAGUCAUGGUCAAACUGCAGUAAAAAGUCAAUUACGCAGUUUAUAGAUCGUGACUGGGGUUAUUGCCUUGAUGAUGAGCCUACCUCACACAGUUAUGAGUAUCCCGUGAUGCCUCCAGGUACCAUGUAUGAUGCUAACCACCAAUGUCGUCUGCAAUACGGUUCAGAUGAUGCUGAGAUAUGCACAAAUGAACAGGAUGUAUGUUCAAAUCUCUGGUGUAAAACAGACAACCGAUGCUCCACACAUCUUGAAGCUGCAGCAGAGGGAACCAUCUGUGGAAAAGAUAAAGACAAGUGGUGCUUUGAGGGUAAAUGUGUUAAGAUUGGUUAUAGACCGGAAGCUAUUAAUGGCGAGUGGGGUGAGUGGACAUCAUGGACGGGCUGCACGAGAACUUGUGGGGGAGGCGUAUCUCAUUCCCAGAGACAUUGUGAAAAUCCAGCACCGUCACAUGGUGGAAAAUAUUGUCUUGGUGAACGAAAGCGGUUUAGGAUUUGCAAUACAGAACAAUGUAAGGAUAACGAAAUUACUUUCAACGAAGCACAGUGUUCAGAGUUCAACUUAAUUCCGUACAAAGACAGUUUCUACGAAUGGGAACAUGUUCCAACUUCAGAAACACCGUGUCAGUUACACUGUAAGCCAAAGCAACGUUUCUUCUCCGUGUUGAUGAAAGAUAUAGUAACUGAUGGUACUCCGUGCACAGCAGGCACGAGAAACAUGUGCAUCAGUGGAAGGUGUAGGCAUAUUGGAUGUGACUAUGUGAUAGAUUCUAAGGCACGUGAAGACAGGUGUGGUGUUUGUCACGGUGAUGGGUCCACGUGCACGACAAUCAAAUCACAAUUUAAUGAAUCACAAGGGCUCGGUUAUGUGGAAGCGGCUGUUAUACCGGAAGGUGCACGUAAUAUUCGGGUUGAAGAAGUUGCCGCUGCUAGCAAUUUCCUGGCUUUACAAAACGCUGAAGGUGAAUAUUACCUGAACGGACAUUGGUUUAUACAAUGGAGUGGUGAUUAUAAAGCUGCUGGUACCACUGUUCAAUAUAAGCGUGAAGGUAACAAGGAGUCAGUCGUAGCUACAGGACCUUUGAAGGAACCGUUGCACGUGAUGCUGCUGUUACAGUCAGAUAAUCCCGGUGUUGUGUUCGAGUAUACUGUUCCAAAGGACAAUGUCACUGAGCCAAGAAAGCCGGAGUUUCACUGGCACCACCAACCGUGGACACACUGCACCUCGUCUUGUGGAGGAGGAAGUCAGAGAUCAGAAGUAUUUUGUGUAGAAUUGGAGGCAGGUGUUGUAGACGAUAAAUAUUGUAAUGUUUCAACCAAACCAGACGAUAUACAGAGAGUGUGUAACGAACAUUUAUGUCCAGCCAGAUGGUGGUCAGGUCCCUGGCAACACUGCUCUGUAACUUGUGGUAACAAUGGUGUACAUCACCGUACGGUAAUUUGUGUACGAAGUCUGGGACCGGAUGAACAAAUAGCACUUGAUGAUGAUGCUUGUGCAGCAGACGACAAGCCCGCCGAAACGGAGGCGUGUCACAGGAAAGAUCCCUGUCCCGGAAAUAGUACUUGGACUGUAGGCGAGUGGUCAAGCUGCAACGGAAAUCCAUGCGGCCAGAAAUACAGGAAGGUACAGUGUAAGGAUAUAAACAUUGGCUGUGAGAAGAAUGCAAUACCGUUAUCUGAGAUGCCAUGUAGUGAACAGCCUUGUGGAGAAUAUGUUGCCUCUGAAUGGACAACUUGUACAAGAAGUUGCGGUGAUGGUAUACAGACAAGACAGGUUAUAUGUCAAGGUGCUGAAUUUUGUGAUAAUUCCAAAAAACCUACAUCUCAACAACUUUGCAACGUCAUUCCAUGUUCAGAUCCUUCAACAACAACGACGUCACCUACAAGUACAUUAAAUGAAAACCACGAAAAGAUAGUUACAGCAAACGAGAAUGCAGAGAUAGUUACAGAUAGUUCUUUAAAAUCAACAGAAAGUAUACCAAAUCAAAAGGAACAUGGAGAAGAAAUUAUAGAAAAUAAGGUUGUGCCUACCAGUACAGACAAGAUAAUCCCAAUGCAUGAUUUAACAUCUCAAAAUUUAGAGUCAGAAGAACACCAUGAUUUUAUUGAAACUGAAAUGGAAACAUCUCAAAACAAUGAUUUCAUAAAAUCAGAUUUGGAAAGCCAAGAAUCUAGUAAAGACAAUAUUGACAAAGAUGAUACUCAACAUUCACACCAACAUAGGCAUCAUCAUGGAAAUACUGAGGAAGAAACCGACAUGUUCCCACAAAGUAAUGAUAUACCAAAUCCAAAUCAAGAAACCCUUGUUAAUUCUGUAGACAAUCUAAAAAACAAAACAAGUGACAAGAACCUUGAAACCGAAACAGAAAUUGAUACAAAAGAUACGGAAGAAAAUGAAUACUCAAGUUCAACAGUGGAUGACUUUAACCCUGCAAAGGAUAUUUCAAAACUAUCAAAACUGUCAAAUAAAAAAUACGAGUUACCGCCUUUGACCAAUUUGGAUAACUUACCACUGCUACCAAAUAAUAAAGAACUACCAUCUCUUCCCAAUAUGAAAGAUCUUCCUCCUUUACCAAAUUUAGAUGAAUUACCACCAAUAAAUUCUGCAGAAUUCGAUAAAUUACCAAAAUUAAGUAAUUUACCAAGCUUUGAUAGUUUGCCACCACUUCCAGGAAAAGGACCGCUGCCAAUUACGAUGGAUAAAUCAACUUUAAAUACAGAUAUUAAUUUUGAUUUACAUGAAACAACUGAUUUAGAUAAAGGUAAUAUUAUUCCCGAAGAUAUUAGUUUAAAAGGAUCACAAACUAUUGAAAAUUUAGCGACAGAGGAAGAUAUUUCAGAGCUUCCAGGUGAAGACAAUAUUCAGAAGACCAAUACUGUAUACAAUAUUGGUAGUGAAAAUCUAGCAAAAAUAAACAUGCCUAGUAUUCCAGACGUUCAUAUCAAUUUCACAGACACUAAGAACGAGAAUCAGAACAUCACAUUAAGUGAAGGUGAUUCAUUAAGACUAUCAAAGAUGACUGACAACGGUCCAUUCUUACCGAGAGUUAUAAAUACAAAUCAAGCAACUCAAUACAAAUGGAACCCACUUGAUUGGACCGAGUGUUCACGACAAUGUGGUGGAGGUAUUAGAACACGGGUAGUUGAAUGUAUUAAUUCUGAAUCCAAUGAAGAUGUUGACCAAACUUUAUGUGAUAUUAACACCAAACCAAAUGCAAUCGGAGAUUGUAAUAAAGACACCUGCCAUGAAUGGGAAUCUUCAGAAUGGUCACAGUGUUCAGCGACUUGUGGCAAAAGCAUCAGAACGCGUGUAGUGUCAUGUCCACAAACUGGAUCAUGUGAUCCCAAACAUAAACCGGAUGAGGAGGAGAUGUGUGAUGUACCAAAAUGUGUUAUCUGGGUGUCUGGGCAGUGGAGCAAGUGUACCAAGCAAUGUGAUACCGGUGAGCAAUUUCGUCUCGUGCAGUGCGUGAACGUGACAAACCAACUUCCAAGUCAUGGCUGUAGUUACCCGGAGAAACCAGAAGAAAAACAAGAUUGUAAUACAGAUCCUUGUAAAAAUGAUAACGCCGCCCUUUCACUGAGAUGUGAAUAUAAUGACUUUUCAUAUAGCUUAUGUCGUGCAUUGCGUAGAAUGGGACAGUGUCAUAAACGAUUUAUAGCGUUAAAAUGUUGCAAAACAUGCGGGAUGGACUCACAUAAACGUGCAAAUAAAGACAGACCAAGAGGCCACUCAUUGAGAUAAUAUACAAACCAGAAAUCGUUUACCAGUAUUAACUUGUAUGAUAUUCUAGAUUUGAAGACAAUAUCCUAUAAAUUGAAACAGCGGAAGUUGUUAUACUCGAGUUUGUAGUGUAAAGAUAUUCUUUCACACUUUUUGUAUUAGGAUAUGUUUCGUUAUAAAAUGAUUAAUUUUGGAUAGUGUAUACUAUCCACUGUUCAGAGGGAUACCAAUUUAAGUAACCCGAACUUCAUGUAAUAUUGAGAUGAGUGUGUUCAAAUACUUUUGAACUAACGGAGAACGGUAUUCAAUUUGUAAUUUGUAUAUCAAUGUUUGACAAGUGUACAGUAUAGUUGUUGAAGUUUUCAUUUCAUUCGUAGAACAAUUAUAAUGUUCUGACAAGAAUGUAAGUGAAUAGCUUAGGUACAGUUUAUAUUUUGACACGUUGUAUUGCAAUUAUGAAUGUGUCAGGAUUGAUUAUGAGUUUGAACAGUUAUACUUGUACAGUAUUGAUAUUUCUUUACCAUAGAGUGAAGAACAAAUAUUUUGUUUCUCUGCUCCUUAAGUGUUCGGACAAAGUCUCAGCUGACCACGGUUUAUAAGAGAGGGAGAGGUGGAUAUUGACGAUGCCGUCUGGUUUUUUAACAGGGCUGAAUAAAUCCAUGAUUUUUUUAAAAUGCGGGAACAAUAUACACCAGAACGGUUGUAAUAUAAGGUUAUUUUAUUAGAGGAUCCGACAUUGGCAAUAGAGCUUGUAUGUUCAAAAUUUAAAUAAAUUUAUAAUGGAAUAUUAAAAUUCUGAAGAGCAAGGUUUAGAUAAAGAAUCAUUUGCUUUAAUACGAUGAAUUAAUACGAUAAUUGAUCGUUGAAAUAAUUUUUGAUUUUUGAUAUAAAUGGAAUCAUUUCUUUUCACCCAAAGUGUCUCAAUUACUGUGCAAGACAUUUGCAAUAUUUAUUCUUUUUUAUAUUCUUAUGUUUAAACGUGAAUUCAACUAUUUGUUUUAGUGCUGCUUCAAAACAAUGACAAUAACAAACAAUAACCUGUUUGAAAGCUUGAGAAACAGGUGCAUGUAUAAUUAAACGCAUCUUAUAUAACGUCAUCUGAUAAUUGUUUUUCCCUUGAAUUAAUGAAAAACAUUUUUCUUUUUUGUCUUUUUUAGAGUAUUAACAUGAAGAAAGUCAACAAAACUAUAAUAAGCAAGUAAUCGUAAUUUGAUUUUUUCCCCGACGAUUAAGAUGAUUCAUGAAACAGCCAGGGUUGGGGGCGGCGGGGCCAGGGUUGGGUAUUUCAAAUCAGUGCUAUGUAACUAAUUUAUGUGUGUUUAUAAGGACUUAUCGAGGUAUUCAUAUGAUAUUACUUGUCAUUAUUAGACAAUGUUUGUUCAUGUUUUAUCAUAUCUCAUCAUGGUGUAUAAUGUUUUGUCAUGUUUUAUAAUUUAGACAUGAUAGAGAACAACAUCAUAUUUCAGUUAUAACAAUAUAAGAUAUAAGUAUAAUAUUAUAUAAUUAGAGAUCCUCCUUAUAUCUAUAUUUUACAUAGAAAGUAUAACAUAUAUACAAUAAAUUGUCAACAAUGCCUUAUUUCCAUAAAAGUAACAAAAAAGCAGAUGGUCCUGUACAAUAACUAAAUAUUUUCAUAUUUUCAGUGUAAUGUUUUAAUAAUACAAGCCUAUACCAGAAUUAAAUAAAAGAUGUCUUUUCAUUUUUUUUUUCAUAAAAAUGUUCAUGUGAACCACAUUUAUAUAGUUACCAUUUGCAAAAAAGCCUAUGAGUUAUGUAAUAUCUAUUAUUCCAAUAAACCGUUGACCAAACUAAAUAUUCAUAAGAUAUACUGUUCAUGUAUUUUAAAUGAUCAUUGUGCUAAUGAUUUAUAUAUGUAAUCAUGUUUUUAAUUUUAUCAUUUGAUAUACUUUAUAAUUUGUCAUUUUUGUUAUAAAAUUAUGCGACAACAUACAAUUAAAAAUGUCAAAAAUGA